AUGUCCCGGAGUCAACGGGCGAGUGCGGCAGCGGCUGCCAAGAGGAUUGCGGUGCAGGCGGAUCACGACGAGGCGGCGGAUUAUAUUCACAGUGGCGGCGAGAAGAGGACGGCAAAGGCCAUAGCAACACUACCGCGCCGACCUGCUGCCAAGCGAAAACGGGACUCGGCGUCGCCCGAGUACGAGGAUGUCGAGGACGAAAACGAAAACGAAGACGAAGACAACGAAGACGUCGAUGACGAUGACAAUGACAGUGAAGCGGAAGCCAUGCAAAGAAAGAACCGCAUCCCGGUCUCGAAGAGGUUGACGGUGGGCACGCCUGUUGUCAAGAAGGCCAAAAAAGCAAGGCGAGCAACAAACACCAACGACACGUUCCCUCUCGAGCAGCGCCUAUUCUCUCGAGCUGGCCGUCCUGCCACGGGCAACGGCGUGGUGCCGCCCGCCUGUUGCCCUCCCGAGCGCCGCCACACCGUCGACUACCACCGGCCCCUGCUCCUGGACGGCGCCGACGGCCGCCGGGCACGCGAUGCACUGCUCGCCUGGUACGACCGCGUCAGCGCGGCGCGCGGCAUGCCGUGGCGGCGGCCGUGGGUGGAUCCGACGGCGGGCCUCGGCGGCGACGAUGCGCAGGCCCGCACGGCGCUGGCCCGCCGCGCGUACGAGGUCUGGAUCAGCGAGAUCAUGGCCCAGCAGACGCGCAUUGCCGUCGUCAUUGGCUACUGGACGCGCUGGAUGGCGCGGUGGCCGACCAUGGCGGCGCUGGCCGCGGCCUCGGCCGACGACGUCUUGCAGGCGUGGAGCGGCCUCGGGUACUACAGCCGCGCCUCGCGCGUGCACGAGGCGGCCCGGCUGGUGGCGGCGGAUCCCGUGCUGCGCGGGCUGCUGCCGCCCGACGUCGCCACGCUCGCGUCGCGCAUUCCGGGCGUCGGGCGGUACACGGCGGGCGCGGUGUCGGCCAUUGUGUAUGGGCGGGCGGCGCCCAUGGUGGACGGCAACGUGAUGCGCGUGCUGAGCCGGCAGCUGGGGGUGUUUGCGGACAGCAAGGCGGACAAGGCGCUGGUGGACCUGCUGUGGGCGGCGGCGGAGGCGCUGGUGCAGGCGGUGGCGCGGGAUGGACCGACAGAGGGUGGUGAUGCGGCGGGCGCAACAGACGACGAAGAACAGCUACAGCUACAGCCUGCCGUGAGCGACCGCCCCGGCCGCUGGGGCCAGGCCCUGAUGGAGCUGGGCAGCACGGUGUGCGCGCCAAAGCCGGACUGUGCGGCGUGCCCCAUCCGUUCGACGUGCCGGGCGUACGCUGAAGGGCUGGUGCUGCACGCGAGAAACACCACGGGGACGGUCCCGCCGCCUCUCGUAACGACCGAGAAUGGCAAUGGCCCUGGCGACGACGAUGUGUGUGACCUCUGCGAGCAGUUCCCCGAACUCGACGAGGAGGAGGCUGCUGCUCUCGCCCGGGCCGACAAGAACAAGGACACGAAGCCGGACGACAAGGUGACGACAUCGCCAUUUUUUGACGUGGAGGAUGCCGCAGCUGGCGUCAAGAAGCUCAGCAGAGAGGCGCUGGCCACGGUUGUCAGCCACGCGCGGACCUUUCCGCUGCGGCGACCCAAGAAGCCCGUCCGCGAGGUGGAGACGCUGGUGUGUGCUGUCCGACUGAAGACGCUGCAGAACAAGGGCCACGGCUUGUACCUCUUGCACCAGCGGCCAGCCAAGGGCCUGUUGGCAAGUCUCUGGCAGCUGCCGAGCCACGAUCUGCCGGCGGCGCUCGACGGGAAAGCGGCACGCCGGAAGGCGGCCGAGGCGUUUGUGACGCGGUGGUUGACGGACGGCGAAGAGGAUGGUCGAUCCAAGGCCAAGAAUGGCACGUCAAGGGGAGGAACUUGCGCAGCCGCGACAGCACCGCUACGCAUCACCCAAGCCACAGAGCUGGGCACCGUCCCGUGGCUGUUCUCGCACCUGCGGCAGACAAUGCACGUGUACCUUUUUGACGUGGCGCCAGAGGACCGUGGCAGUAUCAACCGGUCCAAUCUGCCGACACCCGCGUCGUGCUGCUGGGCAACGGCGGCAGAGGCGGAGAAGAAGUACUCGAUGGGCACGGGCAUGCGCAAGUGCUGGGCUCUUGUGAGGGAGGCGGUUGAGUGA